UCCGUGACAACGGCGACGCGGCGCGUCCCGGCGCCGGGGGCUCGGUGCCCGGUCCCGGUCCCAUCCCGGUGCCUGGUGCUCGGUCCCGGCCCCAUCCCGGUGCCCGCUGCCCUCGGCAUGUCGCAGGCCACUUACAACAAGAUAUGGACAGAUGCCCAGAAAGACCUCGACAUCCAGCUCCAGAUGGAGAGAGAACAGUUCCUCCAGCCAGAGAAGGACCGCGUGAAAGUGUUCAAGAUGUUAGCUUCUUCCUACAUCAAAUACAUGCGGAUCUUCCGCAACUUGGAGGAGGCGCACGACGGACUUGUUCACCAGCAGAAACGGGCAGCGAUCCGGCAAGUGCUGGAUGGCGUGAUUGGCCGCAUCCUGGAGAUGAAGAAGGAGAUGGUGGCGCUGGAAAACUCCGAGUUUCAUUACAUCGAUAACAUCCUAGAAGAUCUAAAGCUCCUCCCGGAAGACAUAGAAAUACCUAUCCCAAGGUAUUUCAUUAAAGAAAACCUGGAAGUCUUGCAGCAGAGAGAGAAAAUGCUUGAUGAGAUUUUAUGUGAAGCUGGAUUGCAAACACAGAUACCUGUCAAGGCCAUGACAUUUGAAGAAGCCGUUAAAAUGAUCCAGGUCGCAGAGCGGGCUCGCCAGGGUCGUCGUCGAGCAGUAUUCAUGAAGCAAAUGUACCUUGAAGAAAAGAGAAAAAGACAAACAAAACUUCAGGUACAGACUGGUCCAAACCCAGAUGAUGCUGCCACUCGCAUUCAAAAGGUUUGGCGUGGAUAUAUCCAGCGCAAGAAAACAGAGAAAAUGAGAGAAGAGGAAAUGAUAUUUCUGGGGAUGAGCCUACCUCCUCACUUAAAGGCAAUGAGCUCUUCACAGAUGCAUGCCAAGCAAAUAAAUGCCCAGCAAGGUGAGGUCCAUGAGAGAAACGAGGAGGUGUUUAUCAAGGACAAGCUGAGAGAAACAGAGGGGCUUGACAUCAAGGAAACUCUCGAGGAUCAGAUCGGCCAAUGUUUCAUCGAGUGUCGGCACAUCAUAGGCAGGUUUCCUGACUAUCCUACCAAAGAAGCAGGAGGUUCAGCAACUAUUUUUUCUGAGAAAACCCCAGAGCAGGUUGCUGAAGAACUGGCUGCCAAAAAGGAGAUGGCUCUGCAGAAAAAAUCCCAAAAGGAAGGAAAAGAAAAAGAGAAAGGAAAGGAAAAGACAAAAGGAAAAACACAGAAAACUGGAAAAAAGGAAGAGGAUGAGGGCUGGAAAAUGGCUCCCAGUAAUUUCCUUUCAAUAAUGGAGGAAGGAAGCAGUCAAUACAAAGCCGUUUGGCAGAACAGAGACGAGGGAUGGGAUCUCCUCCAGGAUCAUGACCUGGAGCUGAUCAAAGAAGAGAAACGGGAAGAAGUGGAGGAAGAGAUCAGAGUGCAGGUUGAUGAAUUGAUGCAACAGAAACUAGAGAAUCUCAUACUGGCUGUGGAUGGAGAGAAGAGCGGCAAGCAGAAAAAAGGAAGAAAAAGUGAAAAGAAAAAAAAGACAGCAAGGAAGAAAAUAUCUGAGCUGGAAGAAGACCUAACUCCUGACAGGACCAUCGAUUCUCUGUACAGGGAACUAGUGGAAGAAGGAGUACUAAUAAAACCCAAGACAGUGUAUCUCUCCGAUUACGUUGGCGAGUACAGCUAUCUGGGGACUACACUUCGUCAGGUAGAUAUAGAGCCGGUGCCCUCUCUUGCAGAUGUCAGGCAGCUAAUAGCGCUGUAUGGGAUAUUGCCAUUAGGAUCCCAAACAGUUCAUGAGAAGGCUCCUUUGGUGAAAGCCUUAUUACUGGCUGGACCUGCUGGUGUUGGAAAGAAAAUGCUGGUCGAUGCCAUCUGCACAGAAACAGGAGCCAACCUCUUCAAUUUAUCUGCUUCCAACAUCGCUGGGAAAUAUCCAGGCAAGAGUGGCCUGCAAAUGAUGCUUCACAUGGUUCUCAAGGUGGCUAAGCAGCUGCAGCCUUCAGUCGUGUGGAUUGGAGAGACAGAAAAAACAUUUUAUAAAUCAGUGCCGAAGGCUGAAGAACAGAUCAGCCCAAAACGUCUGGAAAAGAUUCUCCCCAAAUUCCUUAAGGCUUUGAAAGCACAGGACAGAGUGCUGCUAGUGGGAACCACCAGACGUCCCUUCGAUGCUAAUCUCAAACCUUUCUGCAAAGUUUACCAGAAAAUUAUUAUGAUUCCUAGGCCUGACUAUGCUUCAAGAUUUGUGUUAUGGAAGCACAUCAUCCAGCAGAACGGAGGAGUGAUCACCAACUUGCUGAACAUAAGCUGCCUCGCGAAGGUGUCUGACGGUUUCACCCAGGGACACAUCGUCCAGGUGGUGCGAGCUGUCCUGAGCGAGCUGCGCCUCCUGCAGAUGCCCAGGAAGCCGCUGCGGACUGCCGAGUUCAUGACUCCCCUGGCCAGACAGGACCCGGUGUACAGAGAGGAGGAGGAAACGUUUAAGGCUUGGUAUGCCAAGACACCUCUGGGUAGAGCACGAAGCAGAGCACUGGCAAAGAGUGAGAAAGCAGGAAAGGGAAAAACAGAAAAAAGAAAAUGAAGGAAAAGAGAAAAACUAGCUUCCUCAAGACUUUUGCACACCAGUCACAGCUCUACUUCACCGAAAAGCGGGGAGACGAUAGGAAAGCAGAUACUUCAGAAUAACGCAUCGCAAGUUACAGCUACCCCAGGAAAGAGAAGUCAUUUCUGAAUGUAUUUUUAAAAGUUACAAAAUAGGAUGAGACAUCAAUGUGACAUGUAGCUCUCAGAGGAUGAAGAGUUAAUGGCCACUGACUUGCUCAAGCAUUAUUUAUUCUAAGAGGUUUUAGGGGGCAGAGGGGUUCAUUACUCAGGACUGAAACAUGCCAUCAACUUUUAGGCUAUCCUCAUUUAUUUCAGCAAGUAACUCUCCUUAAAAAUUGAUGUCACAUUAAUGUCUUUCAUUACUUUAAUAUCCUAUAUGCUUUAUAAAACUAACUGCUUUAUAUAUCUGUAAGUCUAAUGUGUUACAGUUCUCAAUAAAACUAUUACGGCUAUAAAGACUGCUUUUUAAUUGGGAUGGAUUAUAAGACACUUAAUGCAAUCUACCAGAAGCUGAAUAUUUACAUAGCCACACGAGGACCAGCACUUUUUCACCUUUUGAUGCAUCACAGAAAGCAACAUUAAAAAGCAGAACAAGAGCAAAAGCAAACGGUGAGGUUAGGUUUAGUGGAUGUCCUGAGAAUCUAUUUUGUAGUACAAAACCCUGUCCAAUUAUCUUGUUUGCCCAAACUGCAAUGUAUCUGUUGCUCAAAAUAAAUAAACAAAUAAAUAAAUAAAUAAAUAAAUUAUAUGCAACAGAACAGCAGUGGUUAUGGCAUUGGGGAAUAUGGUCACGGAGCCUCAGCUUUCUAAAAGGUUGUUUCCUGCUGUGUUAAACCCAAUCCAGCCCAGACUGCUUUAGCCUUUUCUUCUAAACCCAGUCCUGCAAGCUCUGUGUGUGCAAGGAACCCAUGUGUGAGCAUCUGCCUCAACACUUUCAGACUUUGGGCACAAAGCAAGGUGCUGAUGCAGCCUGUGGGAUCACAGCAGAUGUUUCUGUGUGACUGGGCACCUGGAGCUCUGUGACACGAAUGCUGUCUUCACAGAAGGACCUGAGCCACUUGGAGGGGCAGGUUCCCUGGUCCUGUGCUUUGACGUAGCGUUUCCUACUCAUUAGAGUGGGUUAGGCCUAAAGUCCAGCUAUCACAAGGAGCAAGUUCAGGGAGCUAAGCCAGCUCAGAAACACAGAGCACCAAGUAGUCCGUGGUAGUAUUUGGACAGGUAUUUGUAAACAGAUGCACCAUGCACGCCCUGCAGUUACAGUUCACUUUGGGCACAAUUCUGGGUCACAGCAACUGCUCACUGUGUGUUAACAUCUUCUUAAUGUGUCUUCUGGGUAAAAGGGAAUGAUCACAUUUUAAUCCUUCCUGUAUCUUUGUAGUGUACCUCCCAACCCCUUGCUGCCCCGCUUCCCUGCUGGAACAGAGUCGUUUCAUCAAAAAUACACUGGCCAGGGUCUUGUAGAAAAUGUGCUCUGACCCAGGUGCUUCGUACAUAAGAUGUUUUAGGACAGAGAUUCUGCAGAAAGGCGAACACCCACCCAGAAACCUGCUUGAGAAGCUGCUGUAACACAGCAUGCUGUGACGGGGGUGGAAUUGAGCCCUUCCUGCUCGUAAUGAGAAAUCAGCUGGAAAAGAGAUGCUCCUGGAGAAGGUGAAGUCAGAACAAAAGCCCGUAAAGAUUCCUAUAGGCAACUAACUGUAGAGAAAACAAUUCAAGUAAUCAUAUCAUUGAGCACAGCGGAGGGAACUGGAUGGCUCUGGUUAAUAAAGUGAAUUUUCUCCCUGAGGGAAGGGAAGAACAGGCUGUCGUGCUCACACAACACAUGGGCUAGAGCUGCCCUGACUCGGGCUUCCCGUGGUCCUUUUUGUCUGC